UAUAGGAGGUCAGUUGUAUUUUUGAGUCUCUUAUGUUCAGAGCUUUAGUUUGUUUGUUUAUUUGACCUCUUUUAAGGGCCCAAAACUUUAUCUUUUGUUGUAAUGAUUUUUUUGGUAAAUAAAACCCUUUUGCUUUAAAUUUCCCUCUUGACUCCUCAUGCCUAACUGCCUGGUCCCUCACACAUGGUGGCAGCGGUGGGAUUAGCCAGUUGAGGAGUACAAGAUUUUUUUUUCUUCUCCAUUUUUGGGAAACAUGCGAGGAGGGAGAGUGACAAGAGGUGGCCGGACAGAGAAUAAGAAGACUGAGUCAACCCAUAUAGAGAGAGGACACCAGGUGGAAGGUGAAGCACUAAAUGGAGCAUCAAGUGCUGAGGAUGAAGAUGGCAAAGAACCAACGCUGAGUGACUUGGCUGGGAUUAUGCGGUCAUUUAUGGGUCAACAGGAGACCCGGGAAGCAAAAUUGAGAGAGGAAGCCAACCGCCAGGAGUACCAGUUCAAAGCACUACAGCAUCAGUUUCGCCUUUUGCAGCAGGAGGUAGAGGUUCGCACAUCUCCAGUACCAGAGCCUGCUUCCACAGUGCCAGAUCCCUCUGAAAACUAUGAUUUGAAUGUGAAUCACCCAGAGGACGAAGCCUCACCCUCUGUACAGUCAAUCCACCCCACCAUGUCUUCAGCAGGUCAGUCUCGAUCUAUUCAUGAGCCUAGACUGGAAAAAUUUACAGAAAAUGAUGAUGUUGAACACUUUUUAAUUACUUUUGAGAGAAUUGCAGUAGCAUGUCGGUGGCCAAAAGUGGACUGGGUUUUUCGUCUCCUCCCACUACUGACUGGUAAGGCCAGAGGAGCCUAUGUGCAUAUGGAUGUAGAUGAUGCUCAUGAAUAUGAUAAAGUAAAAACGGCAAUUCUGAAAAAAUAUGAUAUUAACCCUGAGACCUACAGGCAGAGGUUCAGAUCCCUCCAUGUGGAACUUGAAGAAAGCCCCAAGGAGCUGUAUGUGAGGCUUAAAGAGCUGUAUGUAAAAUGGAUCCAACCGCAAGGUAAAACACUUCAUGAAAUUAGUGAAAUCCUUAUCAUGGAACAAUACUUGAGAAUGCUGUCCCCUGAGCUUCAGGUUUGGGUAAAGGAGCAUGGGCCAAAAUCUGCUGCUGAAGCUGCCACACUGGCUGAUGUGUUUGUUGCUGCUCGGAAAAAAGGCCAGCCAUGGAGUAGUAUGGGUGGGAAGGCCGGUAAGGACAGCCACAGGCCCAUACCCCCUCCGUACCAACAGAGGCCAGCGCCAGGAGUGGGUAAGCCUCCCUUGAGGGAGAACAAAUAUGCACCACCUAGAGCUCCUAAUAGAUUGCCCAUUUUUACUUGUGUGGACAGGAAGGUCAUGUUAAACCAAUGUGCCCGAAGAAUCCAGCUAAGCUGACACAGAUGUGUUUUGUUCCACGCCAGAGUGCUAACCCUGAGUGCCUUGCCCUUCUAUAACGAAGAGUUUGAGACAUGUCCUGGGAAAGCUCAUAAGACUCGUAGUCAGAGGAGGCAAGACAAAUUUCAGGGCACGGCUAUACAACCACCAGCUGAGGCCACUCCAGACCUGCCCUUGGGUUUUCAAAUACCUACAGAUAUAAUACAAAUGCAGGAAAAUGAUCCAACUUUGUCUACACUUUUGCAGAGGGCGCAAGGAAGGAAGCAGGAGACUAAUACUAAGAGUGAGCAAAAUGAGUAUGUUCUACAGAACGGUGUUCUUUACCAUCAGAAUGGCCAGGUGAAGCAGCUAGUGGUCCCACAGGUGGCCCGAGAAAUAGUACUUACCUUGGGUCACUCCAUUCCCUGGGCUGGCCACUUAGGGAAACAUAAGACCACAGCUCGUAUUAAGCGCCAUUUCUACUGGCCAGGUUUGCAAACUGACGUCGCCCAGUUCUGUAGAAGCUGCUCUCAGUGCCAAAAGACAUCAAUGAAAAGCCCCUCCAAAGCUCCACUCCAACCUCUCCCAGUUACAAGUAUCCCCUUUGAGCGUCUUGGGAUGGACAUUGUUGGUCCGGUGGAGAAAAGUAAAACAGGAAACCGCUUUAUGUUGGUAGUAACCGACUAUGCAACUAAAUAUCCAGAAGUCUUCCCAUUGAAAUCAGUUAAAGCAAAAACUGUGGCUUUUUCCUUGGUGCAAUUUUUCUCAAGAGUUGGUUUCCCUUGUGAAAUUUUAACAGACCAAGGUACUAAUUUCAUGUCUAAACUUUUGUAACAGGUUUACCAACUCCUUGGCAUAAAAAGAGUGCGCACUACGCCAUACCACCCGCAAACAGAUGGGUUGACAGAGCGGUUCAAUCAGACCCUCAAGCAGA